GCGUCCUUUUUAACAUCAGUUCGCAAACGACGCCGCCGAAUGACAGUGAAACAUCCACUUGUGGCAAGCACAAACUUCGUGCUUUCAUGAGUUCGAAACUAACCCAUCGAAAAUGACGCACAUCCUCUUCCCCGCCUUCCUACGGUGCCGAAGCCACAAUGCCACCAAACUUCCAGAAUACGGUCGUCCUCUUCAUGUUAGUAAUCCAGCUAUUUGAGCCCUCCUCGUCAACCGCAAACCAAGAUAAACGCAUAUCGGCGUUCUUGAACGGCGAUUUCAUAAUCGGUGCCUUAUUCCCAGUGCACCUACCGCCGUCAUCAACUAAACAACCCGUUGCCAGUUUGGGCAUCAAAUGCGGAAAAGUCCGGGAGCUGUACGGCAUUCAAAGGGUGGAAGUCACGUUCCAGACAUUAGACAGAAUUAAUAAAGAUCCGAACUUACUGCCUAACCUCACAUUAGGGGUGGAGAUACGAGACGAGUGCUGGUACGCUCCGGUGGCCCUCCAGCAGAGCAUCGAGCUCAUAAGGGAUGCCAUCACUCCGGUGUCUUCCUACCUGGACACGUGUCACAACCUCACAGGCGGGCAGCUGACGGGGGAGGCGGGGCAGCGGGGGCCGCUAAUUGGGGUGGUGGGGCCCGGCUCCAGCUCGGUGGCGCUGCAGGUGCAAAACCUUCUGCAGCUGUUCCACAUGCCCCAGGUGGGGUACUCGACGACGUCGAGAGAUCUGUCCGAUAAGAGCAGAUUUAAUUACUUUAUGCGGGUGGUGCCGUCGGAUUACUACCAAGCGCAGGUUAUGCUGGAUAUUGUGAGGCAUUACGGAUGGACGUACGUCUCGGCUGUCAAUACGGAUGAAAAUUAUGGCCAGUCGGGAAUUCAAGCCUUUCGGGAGCUCGCUGAAGAGGUUGACGUAUGUAUAGCACGGGAGGACUCUAUUUUAAGCAAGGCUUCAGACGAAAGCUUCAAUAAAGUCAUUUUGAACUUGAAGCAAGAUCCGAAAGCUUUUGUUGUGGUGUGCUUUUGCGAAGGAUUCACAAUCAGAGGGCUGUUGAAGGCAACGCGGCGCCUCAACAUGACCAACCACUUCUUAUUCCUAGGAAGUGACGGCUGGGCGGACAGAAACGACGUAACUGAAGAAUACGAAGAGGAAGCCUGGGGUGGAUUGUCAAUAAGAAUUCACUCCCCCCGCGUUAACUCCUUCGACAACUACUACUGUUCGUUAAGGCCCAACAACAACACCAGGAACCCAUGGUUUCAAGAAUUCUGGGAGUCGCAGUUUAAUUGCUCGUUAGACGGACACCCAGAAAUCCCCACCACUACAGAAAGCUCCACUGUCAACAAGACGGACUCGAGGAAGCUUUGUAGCGGUGAAGAGAGGUUGUUAGACAACUAUGCACAAGACCCUAAGCUCAGUUUUGUCAUUAAGGCUAUCUAUACUUUCGCUCACGCCUUACACGACAUGCAGCAAGACAAGUGUGGAAACGGAACAACAGGAUUGUGCGAAAAGCUUCUGCCUUUCAACGGAUCUAUGUUUAAGAGUUAUUUGAUGAACGUUUCCUUUGAGUACGAUGAGGAGAUAAUAGAGUUUGAUGAGAACGGGGAUCCACCGGGGCGCUACGACAUCAUGAAUUAUCAAAAGCUAGAAAAUGGAACUUUUGCUUAUGUGCAAGUGGGAAAUUGGCACAAUAAAAGCUUGUCGUGGACCAGACCGGUGCAAUUUGGGAAAUCUACUAUUGUGAAGUCGGUGUGCGCAGAGGAAUGUCCAAAAGGACACUACAAAAACGUCCAGCAAGGCGGAAAGGACAAGCGAUGUUGCUGGGUAUGCGUGCCAUGUCCCAGUGGGGAAAUCCUGAACGAAGAAGGGGAGAGCUGCGACCGCUGCCCACUAGGAUCCGUGCCUGACGAACGAAAACAAACCUGUCUGCGACUGCCCAUAGAACACAUGCAAUGGUGGAACACCCAGGCCAUCGUCGCCAUGAUUUUUGCCUCGCUGGGCUUCCUCAGCACCUUGUUCGCAUUCCUCGUCUUCGUGAAAUACAACAACACUCCAGUCGUCAAGUCUUCCACUAAAGAACUGUGCUAUAUUAUUUUGGCAGGAAUGACAGUUUCUCACGCUAGUAUUUUUGCUAUCCUUGCUAAACCGUCAGAAGUGUCUUGCGCGCUAAGUCGAUUUCUUCCAGGGAUGAGUUUCGCGAUGAUUUAUGCUGCUGUUUUGACUAAAACCAACAGAAUCGCCCGAAUUUUAGCCGGAAGCAAGAAGAGAUUUCCUACAAGAAAACCAUUGUUUAUGUCAGCUACAGCUCAAGUAGUUAUCACGUGUUUUCUAGUAGCUAUUGAAAUCUUCAUCUCGGGAGGGAUGCUCCACUUCCAGGUCCCCACCACCAUACACGUUUAUUCCACCAAGAAAACUCUUCUAGAAUGCGACACAUCGCCUGAAGCAAUCGUCGUUCCUCUCGCCUUUGACUUUUUCCUCAUCAUUCUUUGCACUCUGUACGCUGUCAAAACAAGAAACGUUCCAGAAAACUUCAACGAAGCCAAAUUCAUCGGCUUCGCAAUGUAUACAACCUGCGUAAUUUGGAUAGCUUUUGUGCCCAUCUACUACGGAAGCGAAUCCAAAGUCAUUACUUUGUGUAUGUGUGUCACUCUUAGCGCUUUGGUUAUUUGGGUUUUCUUGUUCGUUCCUAAACUGUACAUAAUUCUCAUCAAACCGGAAAGAAACAACCGUGCUCUUUUCACCACCAGCAAAAGCAUUCGGUGUCAUAUAGGUUCCAGAGUGGCGUCAGCUGUCUCCAACAAGAGUUCUACUAACAGCUGGAAAGACAGUACGACCUCGGGAAGAGAAAAUUUACCACCACAAAAAAGAACUAUGUCGUGUCAAACUGGAAGUGAAUUACUCCAGGUUUUGCUCAACCCGAAAGCCCUCAUGGAACCUUACACGACGACUACCAAUUCGUGUACAUUACCAAAGAUUACAGAGAGAGACUGCUGUGAAGCCGAUAAUUGCCAAGUUAAGAAAAUUAUUAUUGAAUUACCUGACAAUCCAGUUUAUUAGAGUUAGAUAUACAGACUUCAGUCAAUUUUGACCAAAAGUAAAGAGGCAGUUUUAAUUUAUUAUUAACUGUGAUUUAGAUUACGCGAAAUGUUUCUCUAAUAAGUGUGCCAAAAAUGUAAUUUCAGUUUUAGUCAACACAAUAAAGUUGCCUCUUUACCACAGUAAGUAUAUGCUACUUACCAAAAGUUGAUACUAGUCAAUAAGUUUUAUCAUCUACUUCGUUCAAAUGACAACUAGAAUCGUCUUGUACAAAUGUAUAGGUUUAACUUUUUUAGAUGUAAAUGUUUUUCUCUUCAGUAUUUCUGUACACAAAUAUUCUAUUUUAUAUGUUACGACGUAUAAAGUUUUAGUAAUUUCUCGUUAACAAAAUAUGAAUGUGUUCAUAAAGACCAAGUAGUAAAUGUACAAUUUUCCAGUCUUCGAAGCAAUACUGUUUACUGUUUAUAAUAAAAUUUCAGUUAUUAAA